GAACCACGAUCGCUAAUGGUGCCAGCACGCGACGUAUGCCAAGAGGGUAGAUCGGGGGUCCUCGCAAGGACUGAAAAGUGAUGAAAAGUGACCCGUCACGGUUUCGACGCGUGAGUGCAUGAUCACCAUAUACGCUAACCUUUUUCGGCUAGAUUAGGCCGCCCUCCCCCUCCCCUGACGACGUCACUUUGUUUUGGUCAACUUUUAUCUUGCUAUCCUGUCCAGCUUUCCGUCCGUAAGCUGUCACUCUUUGUUUACUCCUCUCAAUUCAGUGUCAUUUCCACGAUGGCUCCACGAAGACCUCCAGCAGCGAAGAGAAAGAAGCAGAAGGCGGAGAAGGCGAAACGCGCCCAAGAAGAAGCAGAGAGAGGCAACAGGAGCAGCUAGCCAGAGACAUUGACCAACUUUGUAUCGACAUGGAUGGCAGAGAUGGAAAUGGAGCGUUGGUCACCCCGGCGGCGAGAGGGAACAUGAGAGAGAGUGUGCGGGCGCCUAGGAGGAUGCCGAAGGAAGCGCCUCAACCUAAGGUUAAGCCGAAUUACUCGCCUCCGCUGUUCACUUCGGAGCACGCCUUACCGUUCGGAUCGGAGAAGGAUUGGGAUUCGGCGAAGCUUAAGGAGGGUGUAUGGCAGGUCGAGUUUGGACCGGAGUUCAGGGUCGAAAACUCCCAUAUAGAAGCCAUCUCCAAUGCGCCCUCCGCCUUCCGCACCCAACUGAAGGCCUUCUACUGCGGCGACCCUUCCCGCUCAUCCCUCAAUACCCUCCCCAUCACCGACGCCGCAAUCCUCAAGCUCGUCAAAGCCUGCCCCGGUCUCGAGCACAUCCGUCUCUCCAACUGCGCCAAACUUACUGAGCCACUCUACCCCAUUAUCCACUGCUGCCGCAGGAUCCGCGCCAUCACGAUUGCCGCCGCUCCAGGCAACAAGACGCGUUUUCCGCUCGACCAAUCCGCGAAUGGUGCUCUUGAUGAUCUGGCCCUCAACCCGGGCAUGUGUCCCACGCUCCGAUUCAUGGAGUUCCACAACAUCAACAUCGAUAAGGCGCGCAAGAAUUUCUUCCAACACUUGCCCUUGAUGAAGCCAUUCGAAUCCCGUGGUCUAGAGAUCAUCUACGGCCAUCAUGAGCUAGGCACCGUGAGGCUGUUCCGUGGCGGAGAGGAGAUGUAUAUCGAGGGAGAGGAGAAUGUGCUGCCCGACUGGGAUGUUAUCUUCAGCAGGGUGCUUGGCUCGCGAAGCAGAGAUCUCUAUGACGAGGAUCAUUAUGGCGGAGAUCCGUAUUAUGGGUUUGAUAGUGAGGGGGACUUCGUUGACGACGAUUUUUAUGGGUGUGACUGUGGCUGUGACUGUGAGGAGUGCUGGGGGUAUGUGGAGGAGGAUAAGUAUAAUACUGGGUUUAACCGCGCACUCAAAAUUUUGGGCUCGCUGGCGACGGAGGUUGAGCGUGGACGCCUAAAUCAGAAUAGGCGCUGGUAUGUCUAUUAGAUGCCCAGAUGGCCGUGCUUGCUAUGUUGCGUUCAUUACCAGCAUGUUCCGCGGAAUUUUUCCUCUCAGUGUCCU